UGCCCAUCAAAACUAACUUGCAUGCUCGAUCAUUUCAUUCCCCUCCUCAUCUCUCUUGCUUCCGCCAUUGCUAUCUAGCUUUGGCUGACCAUGAAACCUCAUCAUCUGCAUUUUAGGUCCCUAAUUUCUUCCUAUGCUACUGUGCGACCCCAAAGAAGGAGAGAACUGAAACUGCUGUCAACGCCUGAUUAUUUCUCCUCCUGUUUUAACACCCCUCAGAUCAGCUGUUAUCAUUCAGGUCAUCUCCGGCUAGUCUCAUCCCCAGGGCCCUGCAAGCGAGCACCAUCAGCAAUUGCUGGUUGCCAUUCAUAUCCCACCAGCAGCAGCCAUGGCGGCCGUGACAAGAACGCUAUUGGAAACAAGGAAAAGAGCAAGAGGAGGAAGAGGAAGCAAACAGCAACCAAACAAGGUGUGCUGUCACCACCAUCAGAGGAGGAAUUGUCGACUAGGAUGGUGAAUAAUCUGUACCAGAGUGGUGACCCCCUUGGGCGAAAGGAACUGGGCCAACGCGUGGUCCAAUGGCUGAAGCAGGGCAUGCACCUGAUGGCCUCCAAAUUCGCUUCCUCAGAUCAGUCAGAGACACAAGAUAAUGAUCCAUUGUGUUUUCAUGGCCAUAUGGGGUUUGUGAUGCAGGCACAGGCAUACCUUUCUGCCACUGCCAUGCCCAGGGGACAGGAAGCUCUGUGCCUCAAGGCCUCUACGCACUACCCCACGCUCUUUGACAACUUUCAGAGAGAGCUUCGUGAUGUCCUGCUGCAGCAGCAAGAAGAGGGCCUUGUUACCGACUGGCGCUCUACGCGUUCGUGGAUGCUUAUGAAAGAAAUGGCUAGAUCAGCUGAGCAUCGGACAGCCGCACGCAGACCUACAGCUCCUGUUAUGCACAAGCACACUACACUUGGCAUAAGCCUGGACAGGACAAGGCUGAUGCAGGCUAAAAUAGAUGAGUUUGUUCAGAAGAUGACCGGCCUUCUUCAACUAGAACGAGAUGCAGAACUGGAUGUAACCCAGACCACCCAGGAUGAGUUGAUGAGUGCCAGUUCAAUGAUGGAUGGAAAGUCAAAGAAGCCAGUGGAGUAUUUGGUAACUCAUGGUCAGGCCCAAGAGGAGUGUGACACCAUUUGCAAUUUGAAAGUUAUCAGUAGUUCAACUGGAUUAACUGGUCAACAUCUAGUCUUAUUUAGAGUCGAGGGAAGCCAAAAACUUCCACCAACCAGACUCUCUCCUGGAGACAUGGUUUGUGUGAGAACGUGCAACAGCCAGGGCGAGGUUGCCACUACUUCUUGCAUGGAAGCCUUUGUCCAUAAUCUCGGUGAGGAUGGAUGCAGCAUCACAGUGGCAUUGAAAUCACGACGCAGUGAUCCUACCUUCUCCAAGUUUCUUGGGAAAAUUGCGCGGAUUGAUCGCAUACAGGCUCUAGCAGAUGCAGUGACAUACGAGCGCAACUGUGAAGCACUGAUGAUUCUUCAGAAGAGAGGGUUACAGAAAAGAAAUGCAUCCAUUGGGGUAGUAGCCACUCUGUUUGGAGACAAGGAAGAUGUGAUGAAGCUGGAGGGAAAUAAUCUGAUGGAUUGUGGUGGAUCAGAAGUACCUGAUGAUGGUUUGUUGGAGAGGCACAGCUACAGCUUUGAUACCUCUCAGUCAAGGGCUCUUGCACUGGCCUUGGACAAGGAGAGGCCUGUCCUAGUUAUCCAAGGGCCUCCUGGAACAGGCAAGACUCGUUUACUUAGCUAUCUUAUCACGUGUGUUGCGCGCCGGGGUGAACGUGUUCUCGUGACAGCUCCAAGCAACGCAGCGAUUGAUAACAUAGUGGAGAGUUUAUCAAGAAGUGGACUGAAAAUUGUACGAGUUGGAAAUCCUUCUAGGAUAUCUCCAUCUGUCACUUCAAUGUCCUUGGGAGAGAUCGUUACCAAGAGGCUUGAAAAAUUCACCCAAGAGUUUGAGAGGAAAAAAUAUGCCUUGAGAAAGGACUUGAAGCGUUGCAUACAGGACGACGAUUCUUUAGCUUCAGGUAUUCGUCAACGAUUGAAAAAGCUCGGCAAGGACUAUAAGAAGGAGGAGAAGGAAGCAAUCAGGGAGGUUCUGUCAAAUGCUGAGGUGGUGCUAUCAACUAAUACAGGGGCAGCCGACCCACUGAUCAGGGGAAUGGGUUGCUUUGACCUGGUAAUUAUAGAUGAAGCUGGACAAGCAACUGAGCCCUCAUGUUGGAUCCCUAUACUACAGGGAAAGCGUUGCAUUCUUGCAGGUGAUCACCGUCAGCUUGCACCAGUAAUAUUAUCAAGAGAGGCUAUGGAAGGUGGGCUAGGAAUAUCUUUGUUAGAAAGGGCUUCAUCACUGCAUGAUGGACUGCUCACUACAACAUUAACAACACAAUACCGAAUGCAUGAAUCUAUAGCAAGUUGGGCAUCAAAGGAGAUGUAUGAUGGAUUGCUCCAAUCGUUCCCACCUGUUGCUUCUCGACUUCUUGUCGAUUAUCCAUUUGUCAAGGCCACCUGGAUGACUCAGUGUGCCUUGCUUUUACUUGAUACUCGAAAGGAAUAUGGAAGUCUAAAUAUUGACUGUGAGGAGAGUUUAGACCUAGCUGGUACUGGUUCAUUUUACAACAAUGGUGAGGCGGAUAUAGUUGCACAACAUGUUUUCAAUCUCAUACAAUGUGGAGUCCCUCCAACUUCAAUUGUUGUUCAGUCCCCUUACAUCGCACAAGUACAAUUGUUACGGGGAAGACUAGAAGAAUAUCCAGUGGCUUCCAAUGUUGAGGUUUCAACAAUAGACAGCUUCCAGGGUCGGGAAGCAGAUGCAGUUGUCAUAUCCAUGGUUCGGUCAAACUCCUUGGGAGCAGUAGGGUUCCUUGGUGAUAUAAGGCGCAUGAAUGUAGCUAUUACAAGGGCAAGGUCACAUGUUGCAGUGGUGUGUGAUACUUCUACUAUUUGUAACAAUGCUUUCCUAGCAAGGCUCCUUCGCCAUAUCCGGCAGCAUGGUCAGGUUAGACAUGUGGAACCCAGUUCCUUCGAUGGGGGCUUUGAUCUACCAGCCUUACCCUCAGGUGCCAUUUAGAGUGAUGCUAUCACUCCCACCGUCAGGAUUUAGGGGGGCUUCAGGAGGUGCUAUGCGAGGGGCCCCUCAUUCUCUCCGCUCGUCUACCAUCUAGCAUCUAGCCUUGUCCUGAGGCGAUGAUGAGGUCGUGGUUGUCGUCGUGGGGCUAGUCCAAUGCUUGGGGUCAUGAUGCAAGCCACACCUGGGAUGCAGUGGCUUGACUUAGGGAAACCAUUAACCAGCUAGACUGCUAUGUAUCAUCAUGAUAUGGUUCAUGCAUGUUAACCAGUAAAAAAAUUAGAGAAAUAGAACAGAGAAGAUUGAGAGUAGGAUGAAGAAACAAACACAUGAGCUAUAGUAAGGACUCAGGAUCACCAAGCAGCAGGAGAUGCACACCAAUGAACCAAAAUUGUGGCUUGGUGGAAACAGACACUGUAGUUCCUCACAAAAUUUUCAGUAGUAACUAGUAAAUGUGACUACUAGACAUGGUAUGGCUCUGUAGUAUUCAAUAGAUCUUUGUUAGUUUUUGUUAGUAUUGACUAAUGGGUGUAGAAUAAGGGCAUGUUUGGUAGAGCAACAUCUUCAGCCGAAACACUUUCUUUUGUUAGUAUUGACUAAUGGGUGUAGGAUAAGGGCCUUGAUUGUGUUACACUGAUCCAACGUCAUUGCCUCCAAAAUGCUAACUCCACCCAUUUCCUACUA